UCAUCAUCGUCUAUUUCCACCACUGAGAGAAGGAAAAAAAAAAAAAAAAAAAACAGACCGAGCAGGGCGCACAGGGCAUCGCGACGGGAAAUUUCCAAAGCUCCAAUCUUGAGUUUUAGUGAUCCAAAAAUCCCGUAAGUAAUGCCUAAUUCAUCCAUACAUCGUGAUUUAUUGAUUUAGAGCUUUAAAACGAGUUUUUGGUUCAGGAAUUUCUUGAAUUCCCGAUAAGCCAAAUUAGGGUUUCGGAGUAUCCGGAAGCCGGAUUGAGCCCAAAUUUCAUAUACGAGCUUCGUGCAGCGAGGUAAUCAAUCCUCUAGUUCUAAUCCCUGAAUUUCGGCUAUUAUUUAGGCCUGGGUCCAAACCGCUGAAUUUAGCUCCGGCCAGGGUUUGAUGUGUUUUUAUCAAGAAUUUGACCCGGAGCCUAGAACUAAUAUCGACGGGAUACUGGAGGGUAUAUUAGGACGGUCUCGGAUUUUCAUUCGAGGUUCGUUCGUGAAAUUGACGUUUUAGUACGGGAAGGUUAAACCGGUGUUUGAACGACCAGAACUGGUGAGGGAUUAGCACGGCAUACCGGGUUUGUCGUAUCACGAUAAUUAUAUUGAUGCUUAGAAUUGACCUAGGUGAACUAGAAUGGCAUGAUUAGGUGUGUAUGGACUUUUAUGCUAUAUGGUGCACCAUGGAUUGUUGUAUGAUAUUAUUGACUUGCCCUAGCCGAUAUGAGCCUUGUUUAUGUUGAUGAUUGCAUACAUGUUGCCAUUUGUGGCUUAACCGUUGAUAUGACUUCAUGGCUGUUCGAUCAGGUGUUUUGACAUGAUGUGAUAUUGUGGUUGUUUUUGGAUUCACAAGUGGGGGAAAUAAACUUCCCAGGGUGAUAUUAUGAUGUUUAAGGAGGAUGACUUGCACGAGGGUUUAUCCCGAGGAAGUGCAACUAUACGACUCCUGAUUUACCUAUGUUGAGCCAAUUAUGGCCAGGUCAAGUACAUGUGUAAGUAAUGAAUUAUGAUUAAGCAAGAUGAGAUAUGAAUCAUGUAUAAGGAUACCAAAUAUGAAUCAUGUAUAAGGAUACCAAAUAUGAGUGUUGUAUUGGGGUCAAUGUGAUACAUUAUAAAAAAGUAAAACAAUAUGUAUCUUCAUACAUACAUAUUAUCAUUGUAGGGGAAAUAAAUGACAAAAUAAAUAGGUGAACGCGAAAAAAUAGAGUAGUAAGGGGGGAUCUAAGAAAAUUAAGCAGUAUUUGUGUAAAUACUUCAAGGUUUAGGGGUAUGAGUUAUAUAGAAAAGAGGGGGACCACUUUUAGGCGAUUUGAGACUACAUUGAUCGUCGUUGCUUACACGCUCUUUUUCCGUCAUUUCUAUCUAGUCUUCUUUGUUACUCUUUACCACUCAGGCACUCACCCUUUAAAUCUUAUCAAACAGAAAAGAAAGAGUCGGAGUCAUGUGAUCCGCCUCUUUCUUACUUCCACUCGUCGCUUCUCAAGUCGAAAUGAGUCGUGUAUUGCCGGAGAUGGAGGUCGCCUCCGGAUUGAACGGUUCCCCACAUAAUUGAGCUCCUUCAUUUGUGGUCUUCAAAUUGCAGCUCCAUCUAUGUGUCCACCAUCCUUGCCGUGUGAGCAUAUUCUCACUACUUAACCUAUGAGCACCAUAACCGAGUGGGCGAGUGGUCGGCAAGAGAAGAGCCAAAUGAUUGCGAAGGCUAACAAUUCGGACCAGUCAUAUAGUACAGCCAAUGGAUGGCGGGCAGGAAGGCGAAAAAUAGUAAGCAGAAAUAGCUCGCCCCUUUUCCCAUAAAAUGGCGGGCGGAGGCAGAUGGGUCUUCCUCCCUCCUUCCCUCCCCAAUUAAUUUAAUUGGUGGGUUUCUCUGUCAGAUGUUUCCGUGCACGUCACCGCAUCCAAUCAUCCCUCACAAACGACGACAUCGUCCACCUAUUGACCUGCUACAAAAUGCUCGUCCCGACUGCUCCUCCGCCAUGAGAAAUUUCAGCCGCAAAGCGAUCCUCUCAUCUUUCAACACCGUCCAACGCCACAGCCUCGCCAUUUCACCCGGCCAUCCCCAAAUGGCAGCCACGACGACAACGAUUGAAGCAAAACGGGGAGGGUCAAUUGACGACAAGGAGGAACAGGAGCAGACGAAGGAGAAGGCGAUUCCUCCUCCGCCGCCGCCGGAGAAGCCUGAGCCGGGAGAUUGUUGCGGCAGCGGGUGCGUGAGAUGUGUGUGGGACGUUUAUUACGAAGAGCUGGAGGAUUACAACAAAACGUACCCGACCGGCUGAUCCGCAUCCAGUUCGCAAGCUUCUUGACGGCGAGCAGCUAUCGACCUUGCUUUUAGCCGUGGGUGGGAUUGUUCCUUUCGAUUUUCAUCCCUACUUUCUAUUAUUUCGAUUUGUGGGCGGAGAAAUUUCUCCGAUUUGUGAUUUUCAUCAUCCAAAACAUGGCUCCUUGUGCCUUGACAUGGCUUCUUUGAGAGGUAAGUAUAAGGAUUCAGUUGCAAGAUUCAGUCUUUUGCACAAGUCUGGUUUAUUUUGACCGAAUUACUACUCGGGAAUGGAAAAAAAAAUGUUGGGUAGAUCGGCCUCUGCAGAUUGUGUUACUGUUAUGUGCGUUGCUGGUAUAAAAUCAAAUUCUCUUCUUUGAAUCAGUUUUCCAACCAGGUCAACUCUGAGAUCUUCCGCUUCAUUGAUCUUCGAUGGCCUCACAGUGGAUUGACAUUCUGCAGUUGAUUUCAUCAGGUGCAAGGCUGCCAUAUUGAUCAUUUUGUCUAGUUUGUGAGUGUAACUACAGCAUGGAAAGAGAGAUGUCAUCUGGUUUCCGAAGCUAGCAACAGCAGUGAUGAUGUUUUGGAUGAUGUUUUAAUGAUUAUGUGAUGUGAAAGGUAAACAAUGCAUGCAUUGUCACAUAUAAUGUGAAUCAACUUUGAGUUGAUGGGAGAAUGUUUAAUCAUCUUAAAACAAAAUCAUAAAAUUUCU